AUGGAAAACAAUACUCAUAGUAAACAAAUUAACGAUGAAAAAAUGAAAACAAAUAUCCAUACCGAUAGUGCGGAAAAUAACACGUGGGGCUAUAUCGUUUGUUUUGGAAUAGUCAUCACGUUUAUUGCAGGAAUAGGUCAUGUUAAUUCAUUUGGGCUUAUUUACAAUGAUUUUAUAAUUGAUACAAAUUCUACGGCAAAGUCAUUAACCACAGCACAUGGAGUAUUUGCUAUUAUGCUUGCUAUUGGAGGAUUAAUUCUCAAUAUAAUGCUUAAAAAUUAUUCCUUGAGGCUAAGUGGGUGUUUAGGCGCAGUUUUAUACUCCACUGGUUCAAUUCUCACAAUAUUUAUAACGAACACAAACCAACUGCCCAUAACAUUCGGAGGACUACAAGGAAUCGGUUUUGGAAUGAUGGUCCCUGUUUGCUAUUCAAGCUUAAACUAUUACUUCGUUAGGAAUAGAACACAAGUAAUGAGCAUAAUUAAAGCCAUUCAGGGGUUUGCAUUAAUUUGGUACCCACAGUUGAUAAAAAUGCUGAUGUCAAAUUACGGAUUUAGGGGGACCCUGUUAAUAAUAUCAGGAGCAUCAUUCCAUACAUUCCCUGGCAUGAUUGUAAUGAAGACGAGUGCUAAAUCUACGAAAGUUUUCAAAACCGCAAGUAUUUUUUUUAUCCAUUUUUGUUCAAUUAAUUUAAAUAUAUACGACCAAAUACUUAAUAAUUUUAUGAAAUCAACAGGAAAUGUCAAUGGAAAAAUCGAAGAAAACGUCGAUUUAUUGACUAUUGAGAAUGGAAAAACAAUCGUUGAUUCGAAAGUGAAUGGCAAAUCUCGCAAAAUUAAAAUUGAUAAAAUGAGAAAAGAGCUGUUGAAAUUAAUAAACAUGAAAGUUUUAAAAGAUCCAGUUUUCUGCAACAUCUGUAUUGGCCAGAGUUUCGUUAAUUUUUCUGACUUGACGUUUUUCAUCUUGCAACCAAUACUUCUAUUCCAAUAUGGUUAUACAAAGACGCAAGUAGCGACAUGUAUAUCAAUCUCCGCUGGGGCUGACGUGACUGGACGUUGCGUGCUUGCAAUUAUUAGUGGGAUCGUACCUAUUAACACGAGGCUUUUAUAUUAUAUUGCCACACUGUUCACGCUUCUUGUAAGAAUUAUUAUGUUACAAGUCCGCCAGUUUGUUUUUGUCGCUGUUGUAACUGCUGCUUUGGGAGUACUUCGCGCCUUUCUCCACGUAGCCAGUCCACUCGUAGUCUCCGACUAUGUUUCUCAUCAGGAUUUUCCUGGAGCUUACGCCUUGAACAUGCUUGCUGCUGGAUUAGUUAAUGUUAUAUUCGCACCAUUUAUCGGUUUGGUAAAAGACGUAUACGAAGAUUAUGUUCCAGCUUUCUACGCAUUAAUAGUAUGUUGUUUGCCUUGCUUGUUAUUUUGGCCUGUGGAAAAAAUAUUCACAAAAUAG